AUGGAGGAGGAAAUUGAAGUUCAGAAGUUAACCAAGUCAUAUUUUUCAACAUUACACAAGCAGUCAGUGGCAGAACUGGGAUUGGAACUUGAUCUUCCUGCCUCCAGAGUUUCUCUACACCAGACUUUUCCAAGACACAAAUCUACAAAUGAGAAGAAACUAGAGAUAUCUGUAAAGGUACCUGUUCAUACGCAGUUCUAUUCAGAUGAACAGUACAGGAGUUGGUCAUUUUCUCUGGGGGUUGGAGAGUCGAAGAGGCGGCAUCACUGUCCACAUCUCCCUACGAAGAUCUACGAUACAACAGAGAAACCAUGUCUUCUCUCCGAAUAUACCGAGAACUACCCUCUCUAUCACUCUUACCUGCCCAGAGAUUCCUUCAAGCCCAAGCUGGAGUACCAGAAAGGGUCCAUCCCAAUGGAAGGCCUGACCACAUCGAGGAGAGAUUUUGGGCCUCACAAAGUGUUACCAGUGAAGAUCCACCAGCCUGACCAGUUCAUCCCAAGUGAAGAGAGUAUGGAUCUGCUCACGACGUAUAAACAAGAUUACAAUCCCUAUAGUGUCCGUCGAGUGGACCCCAUCAAACCUCGGGACAGUAAAUAUCCAUGUGAUGACAAGAUAGAGUGUCUGCCUACUUAUAAAGCUGAUUAUUUACCCUGGAACCAACCAAGACGAGAGCUACUUCGUCCAGUACACAACUACCGGCCAGCAUCAACCAGGUUUGAUAGUAGAACCACGCACCAGGAUGAUUACUCCAUAAAGGGCCUAGUGAACACCAUGAGCUGUAAACCUCCAGCUAUGCCCAAGCUCUGUAACAUCCCCUUGGAGGAUCUGACCAACUACAAGAUGGCCUACGUGGCCCACCCUAUGGAGAAGCGCUUUGUGUAUGAGGCAGAGAAGUUCAAACCCUGUGAAAUCCCCUUUGAAAACCUCACCACCCACAGACAGUCCUACCGGGGCCUAAUGGGGGAGCCAGCCAAAAGCUUGAAACCACCAGCCAGGACCUGUGGGCAAGACAUGCCUUUCUCUAACACUACUGAGUUUCGAGAUAAGUACCAAGCUUGGCCAACGCCCCAGAUGUUCUCCAAAGCUCCCAUCCUCUACGUCCCUCCUGAAGAAAAGAUGGACCUUCUGACAACAGUGCAGGCCCAUUACACAUAUCCUAAGGGUGCCCCAGCUCAGUCCUACCGACCAGUGCACUGUGUCAAGAAGGGUGGUCGUUUUGAAAGCUCCACUACCACCAAGGACGACUAUAAGCGGUGGGCCAGCAUGCGCACAGAGCCUAUCAAGCCCAUUCCCCAGCUGAACCUUCCCAUUGAGCCCUUGGACUGCCUGACCACCACCCGGGCCCACUAUGUGCCCCACCCACCCAUCAGUACCAAAAGCUGUAAGCCCCCCUGGUCUGGCCCCCGAGGAAAUAUCCCUGUGGAGGGCCAGACCACAUACACCAUCAGCUUUACUCCUAAGGAUAUAGGUAGGUGCCUGGCUUCAUACUCUGAGCCCCCUGGCUACAUCUUUGAAGAAACAGAUGCUUUGGGGCACAGGAUUUACAGGCCGAUUUCCCAGACAGUUUCUCGGCGGAACAGCCCUUUUUCUGUAGGUGAUUCAGAAAAACCCAACCAGCAGGAGUUGGCAGUGUCAGCUUGAUUUUUAAAAGUUAUUUAGAAAUUGUACAAUUCUUUUAAAAGCAGACAAUUGAAAUUUAUUCGUUGGACAAAAAAGAAUUCCCCAAAAUGUAAAAAAAAAAAAAUCUUCAUCAGAAUUUCCAGGACACUUGAAUAAAAUGAGAAUCACUUGACUCAAGGAAAAUGACACGUAGUCACUGGCUAAUUACCCACCUUAACUCUCCCCCUCUGCUGUCUUUCCCUUUUUGGUUCCUUACCUUGUGCUUAUGGAAUCACAGCUGGUCUCUAUGAGGUUUUCUCUGAACCAGAUAUAUUCGUUGUUCAUUGUAUGAAUCGACAUUAUAAUUAACCCUUGCUAAGUAUGAAGUGCCCAAGAAUAAACUUGAUUUCGGGGGGA